AUGAAACCGAAAAAGAAGCAAAAUUCCUCGAAUGCAUCUGUAAGGUCACAAAACCAAUUUAAUAUUGAAAAGGUACAUGCAAAAAAUGCUCAUGUUUUGUCUCGAGAAAAUGUGUUCUUGUUUAUACCAAACUUGAUAGGAUACGCACGAGUAAUAUUAGCCAUUAUUUCACUAUAUUAUAUGCCAUUUGCGCCUGUCAAGUGUAUGAGUUUAUAUAGUGUAUCAUGCUUAUUAGACGCGGUGGAUGGAAAUGUUGCAAGACAUCUUAACCAAUGCAGCAAGUUCGGUGCAGUGCUAGACAUGGUCACAGACAGAUCCACUACAACAUGUCUUUUGUGUUUUCUUUCAGCAAUCUACCCGUCUUGGGCUAUCGUAUUUCAACUUUUGAUUUCUUUGGAUCUUAGUAGUCAUUACAUGCACAUGUACAGUUCUUUAACAGCCGGCUCAGAAAGCCAUAAAAAAGUUUCGGAAACGUCAAAUCCCUGGCUGAAACUGUAUUAUUCGAAUAAUAUUGUUCUUUUCACUUUUUGCGCUUUCAAUGAAUUAUUUUUCGUGACACUGUAUCUCUUGUCAUUCGAUCAGGAAUCAUAUGGAAUAGAAAUCCCUAUAAAUGUAAUUCGAACACUCACAUUCAUUUCCUUUCCGAUUUGUGUUAUUAAGCAAAUAAUUAAUGUCAUUCAAUUAGUGGGUGCAAGUCAAAAUCUAGCUUUCUUGGAUGUGGAAGAACGAGAACGCAAAAGGGAAGCAUAG